AUGCCGUUCCCCGUCAAAAUGACCCCGACACCCCCUUCUACAAAUUCCUCGAGUGCUGGCCACUCUCCAGAUUACAGAGUCGUCCGAAAACGAAACCGGGUACCUCUGUCAUGUGGGCCUUGUCGGCACAGAAAGCUGAAAUGCAACCGUUCAAAUCCCUGCGAAAACUGCGUCAAACGAGGAGAUGCCGCUUCAUGUAACUAUGCGCAAUCGAACUCGCGCAGGAAGAACCCGUCUCAGCAGUCGCCCAACACACCAGAUGACAUGCAGAAUCGCAUCGAUCGGUUAGAAGGCUUGGUUCUUUCGUUGAUGACAAACGGCCCUCAGUCUGAGGGUCCGGCUGCUGCCAUGGCGGCUAUCUCCGGCGAAAGUAGUGCGGGCUCGGCUCGGUUCUCCCAUGACUACGAUAUCGAGGAGGAGGGUAUGGAGGGCGCCGAAGAGAGCGACACGGACCAGGUGACGAAGUCGUUUGGUGUGAUGAAGAUGGAAAAUAACAAGUCCUAUUACAUAAGUGAAGCUCACUGGGCGGCUAUAUUGCAUGAUAUCUCCGAGGUGCGGAGUUACUUCACGACGCACAAGAAGCAAUUCGAUGAGCAGGUUGAGAAGGUGAAAGCGGCCCAACCAGCCACUGAUACAUCAGGCGCGACGUUGUUGUUUGGUAUCAAUAAGCCGAUGAGCCGUAGCGAGAUCAUGAGUGGUCUGCCAUCUAAGUAUACAACUGACAUUCUUAUUGCUCGCUAUUUCAAUUCCUAUGAUCCUGCAACCCAUAUCCUUCAUGGGCCCACCUUCCAAGCACAGUAUAAUAAACAUUGGGAUGAUCCUUCCGCGACUGAACUUGUCUGGAUCGCUAUGCUGUUUGCAAUGAUGAGAUUGGCAAUGCUAUCUUACCACCGCGAAGGCGAUGAGCCACCUGAAUUCCGUGGCAAGGCGAUGGACAUGGCUGGGGGAUUCCGACAUUCUGUCGCACAUUGCUUGACAUUGGCCGACUACACGAAACCUCACCGCUUCUUGAUCGAAGCACUCGUGUUUCAUUUGCAUGGCGAUUUUUCUCAGACUCGAGAGGCGGAUAUUUCGAUCUGGGUUAUGACUGGCGUUAUUGCUCGUUUAGCAAUGCGAUCAGGAUAUCACCGUGAUUCCAAAAUGUUCCCAAACAUCACACCUUUCCAGGGUGAGAUGCGUCGGAGAGUGUGGACUUUUGUGUGCCAAGCCGACAUUCUAUUCUCACACCAGGUCGGUUUGCCGGGCAUGAUCCGGCGUACAGAUACCGAUACUGAGCUCCCACGGAGUUUGUACGAUGAUGAUUUUGAUGAAGACUGCAAGGAGCUCCCGCCAGCUCGUCAAUUGAACGAGCCAACACCAAUCUCGUAUUUGAUUGCCAAGGCACGCCUGUCCAACUCGUUCAGUCGUGUGAUUGAGCAAUGCUCUGCUGUCUCGUCAGCUUCUUACGAAAAAGUGAUGGAAAUCGACGCGGAACUUCGACAUGCAAGGGAUUUGAUACCUGAUCACUUGCACAUUCGGCCUAUGGAGGAGUGCCAGUUGGAUCCUGUCAAUCUAAUCAUGUCACGCUUUGCCGUCAUGGCCGUAUACAACAAAGCUCAGAUUGUGCUUCAUCGCCCGUAUCUGGUUCGCGCUCGAGAAAAUCCUCGUUUCACUUAUUCUCGAAAGACAUGUAUUGACUCAGCGAUGGAGUUAUUGCACGUCCAGGCGGUCCUGCACGCGGAGACGCGCAACGGGCGCCUACGCAGUCGGCAAACCCGAGUAACAUCUCUCAGUUCAGCCGACUUCUUACUCGCAGCCACCGUUGUUACUCUCGACCUAUACCAAGGCAUCUCAUUGCAGGGGACUGGCCGGCCAUCGGGAGACACGUAUACAUGGGGCCGAGAGCGGCGCGAUGAAAUGACCGCCGCGAUCCAACACUCGAUAGAAAUUUGGGAUGAAUCGCGUGAUCAGAGCAUGGAAGCAUGGAAAGCAUCCACCGUUCUCGGUGUGAUGCUCAGCAAGGUGAAAAUGUCGAUCCCUAGUCUUGAUAGUGGCACCGGAGCAGCUUCAUUUGAGCCACAAGAUGAGAAGCAGAACGCGGCCAUGACUCUUGGCCUGCUGAGCAGCGGAAUGAGCCCGAUGAACCCAGGCCCGCCGCCAUUCGCUGAUCCCAUGUUUAAGAUGGGGGAUUCGCCAAUGGGAAUAGGAGCAGGUGGCGUGGGUGGCUCGGCUGAAAUGCCGGGUGCGCCUUCGCCCUUCAGCAGCAUGUUUGGGCAGAUGCCGGACAUGCAGGUCAACCUGGAUUGGGAUGCUUGGGAUUCAUACAUCCAAAACCCAACCUUCGACACAACAAAUCAAUUUUGGCCUAUGACUGAUGCACAGCGCCAAACAAACCAACAGCCCGGAGUCAUGCCGCAGCCUUUGGUCCCUAAUCCUCUCAUCUCAGGGCAGGUGCCAUCAACUAGUGGUGUUCCGCGACCACCGACCAUAUUCUCAACAUCAUCCAACAGUCCCGAUAGUGGAGGUGUGCCGAUCAACACAUCUUGUGUUAUUUUAAUUUACAAUAUGCAUUGCUUCCGCCGGGCCGUUUCUCGGCUUCAAUUGUCCCAAGCGACUUCGCGCUCAUCAAUCACCGCCUCUAGCGCAGUGCUGCGUUCAACAUGUCCUACUCCGAUGCUCGCCGCUACGCGGUUCGCCUACCCUACCCUCACACAGACACGGUUGAACUCGACCAAUGAAGGCAGCCCACGCACUCCCGUGAGAUACGUUGAGUCUGUCACACCGAAAACGCCCGACCAAGUCCGCCUGGACAGAAAUGAGCGCCGACGUCAGUAUCUCAGCGAGGGCCCUGUACCGAAGACCACCCUGUACAUCGGUAACCUCUUCUUCGAUGUCACCGCGGAGGACCUGCGCAAGCAGUUUGAGAAAUACGGUGCCGUUGAGAACGCACUGAUCGUUCACGAUGCCCGCGGCCUGAGCAAAGGUUUCGGCUACGUUACCUUCAGCACCAUUGAGGAAGCCACCGAAGCCAUCACUCAGCAGCACGGAGGCAUUAUGGAAGGCCGCGAGGUAGUUGUGCAGUUCUCCAACUCGACAUACCGAUCCAUGGCCGAAAGCAAGCCCAGCAAGACCCUCUACAUCGGCAACGUGCCCUACGAGUUGACCGACCAGGAUCUGCAGGAUUUGUUCGAUGAUAUCCCAGGUGUCACCGAUGUCCGCAUUCCCGUCGACCGCCGCACAGGCUUGCCCCGUGGAUUCGGACACAUCGACUUUAAAGAUCAGGCCAGCGCUACCCACGCUAAGGAGGUUCUCUCCCGUAAGGCACCUUACGGCCGCAAGCUCACUGUCAGCUUUGCUAAGCGUAAGGUCUUGAGCCCCGAGGACCACCUGCGUCAUCAACAGAAGAAGAUGGAGAAGAGAAACCCUUCCAGACAGCGUACCUUCUCCGGUGUGAACGAGAUUCCGGAAGUGCGUGAGGUGGCUGAGCCGAAGGAGGCUGAGCAGGUUACUGAGGUCAAGGAGCCCGUGGCUAAGCCUGUGGCUGAACAGGUCACCGAGAAGACCGAGACUGAGCAGAAGCAGUAG